GACUAGCCGGCGGAUCGACAUGCUCGGCGCUCGCGGCUUGCGGAAGUGUUGCCCGCGACUGGUGGCUGCAGCCCGGAGCUGGGGUGGGUCUCCGCGACCCGGACGCCGCUGCCGCGGGUGGAAACUGGAGAUUGCUUUUAUAAUUUGAUCACCUGUUUGCUGCACAAAGCACAAUGUCUCGAUCACGUCAGCCCCCUCUUGUGACAGGCAUCUCUCCAAAUGAAGGAAUACCGUGGACAAAGGUGACAAUUAGAGGGGAGAACUUAGGCACCGGCCCCACUGACCUUAUAGGCUUGACAAUUUGUGGACACAAUUGCCUCCUGACAGCAGAAUGGAUGUCUCCAAGUAAAAUCGUAUGUCGAGUGGGUCAAGCCAAAAGUGACAAAGGAGACAUUAUUGUCACCACCAAGUCAGGGGGCAAAGGAACCUCAACAGUCUCCUUCAAGCUACUCAAACCUGAAAAAAUAGGCAUUUUGGAUCAGUCUGCUGUGUGGGUUGAUGAAAUGAAUUAUUAUGACAUGCGAACUGACAGGAAUAAAGGAAUGCCACCCUUGUCCCUCCGUCCUGCGAAUCCACUUGGCAUUGAAAUUGAAAAAAGUAAAUUUCCUCAGAAGGACUUAGAAAUGUUGUUUCAUGGCAUGAGUGCUGAUUUUACAAGUGAAAAUUUUUCAGCUGCCUGGUAUCUCAUAGAAAAUCACUCCACCACCAGUUUUGAACAGCUCAGAAUGGCGGUGACCAACCUCAGAAGGCAGGCCAACAAGAAGAGUGAGGGCAGUCUGGCCUAUGUGAAGGGCGGCCUCAGUACCUUCUUUGAAGCACAAGAUGCCCUCUCAGCUAUCCAUCAAAAACUAGAAGCAGAUGGAACCGAAAAAGUAGAAGGAUCCAUGACGCAGAAAUUGGAGAAUGUCCUCAACAGAGCAAGCACCACUGCUGACACGCUGUUCCAAGAAGUGCUGGGUCGAAAGGACAAGGCAGAUUCCACCAGAAACGCACUCAAUGUGCUCCAGCGAUUUAAAUUUCUCUUCAACCUUCCUCUAAAUAUUGAGAGGAACAUUCAAAAGGGUGAUUAUGAUGUGGUUAUUAAUGAUUAUGAAAAGGCCAAGUCACUCUUCGGGAAAACAGAGGUUCAAGUUUUCAAGAAAUAUUAUGCAGAAGUAGAAACACGAAUUGAAGAUUUAAGAGAAUUACUUCUGAAGAAAUUGCUUGAGACUCCAUCAAACUUGCAUGAUCAGAAACGUUUUAUAAGGUAUCUGUCUGAUCUCCAUGCACCUGGUGACCCUGCUUGGCAGUGUAUCGGAGCCCAGCACAAGUGGACCCUUAGACUCAUGCAGGACUGCAAGGAGGACCACAUGAGGGGCCUGAAAGGUAACCCAAGCCCACACAGCCCCAUGCUGGACCUGGAUAGUGAUGUGCGUCCCUCUGUGUUGGGCCAUCUCAGUCAGACCGCGUCUCUGAAGAGGGGAAGCAGCUUUCAGUCUGGUCGGGAUGACACAUGGAGAUACAGAACUCCCCACAGAGUGGCAUUUGUGGAAAAAUUAACCGAACUUGUUGUAAAUCAGCUGCCUAACUUCUGGAAACUCUGGAUUUCCUAUGUUAAUGGAAGUCUCUUCAGUGAGACUGCUGAGAAGUUGGGCCAGAUUGAAAGAGCAAAGAAUGUAAGGCAAAGACAGAAUGAUUUCAAGAAAAUGAUUCAGGAAGUAAUGCACUCCCUGGUGAAGCUGAUCCGUGGAGCCCUGCUCCCACUCAGCAUCCGAGAGGGCGAGGGGCGUCAAUAUGGAGGCUGGGAGGUUCAGGUGGAACUCUCAGGCCAGUGGCUCACGCAUGUUAUCCAGACUGUAAGGGUGACUUAUGAGUCAUUAACAGCCCUGGAAAUUCCCAAUGACAUGUUACAGAUCAUCCAGGACCUAAUUUUGGACCUCCGUAUACGUUGUAUAGUGGUGACGUUGCAACAUACAGCAGAAGAGAUAAAGAGAUUAGCUGAAAAGGAGGAUUGGGUUGUGGAUAACGAAGGAUUGACUUCCCUGCCGUGCCAGUUUGAACAGAGCAUCGUGCACUCGCUGCAGUCACUGAAAGGUGUUGUGGAUUGCAAGCCUGGAGAAGCCAGUGUCUUUCAACAGCCUAAAAUGCAGGAGGAAGUUUGCCAACUAAGCAUCAGUAUCAUGCAGGUUUUUAUAUAUUGUCUGGAACAAUUGAGCACCAAGCCUGAUGCAGACAUAGAUACUACUCAUCUUUCUGUUGAUGUUUCUUCUCCUGAUUUGUUUGGAAGUAUCCAUGAAGACUUCAGUUUGACUUCAGAACAGCGGCUUUUGAUAGUCCUGAGUAAUUGCUGCUAUUUAGAACGUCAUACCUUCUUAAACAUAGCAGAACAUUUUGAAAAGCACAACUUCCAGGGAAUAGAAAAAAUCACCCAGGUUAGCAUGGCCUCACUGAAAGACUUAGACCAAAGACUCUUUGAAAAUUAUAUUGAGCUAAAAGCAGAUCCCAUUGUUGGCUCUUUGGAACCUGGAAUAUAUGCAGGGUAUUUUGACUGGAAAGACUGCCUGCCUCCAACAGGUGUCAGAAACUAUUUGAAAGAAGCAUUGGUGAAUAUAAUUGCCGUGCAUGCAGAGGUGUUCACUAUUUCCAAAGGACUGGUGCCACGGGUCCUGGCCAGGGUGGUAGAAGCUGUCUCUGAAGAGCUGAGCCGACUGAUGCAGUGUGUCUCAUCCUUCAGCAAAAAUGGAGCACUGCAGGCAAGACUUGAAAUCUGUGCUUUGAGGGAUACUGUGGCCAUUUACCUGACACAUGAAAGCAGGUCUAGCUUUAAACAGGCUUUGGAAGCCCUGCCUCAGCUUGCAAGCGGAGCAGACAAAAAGUCACUGGAAGAGCUGCUGAACAAGUUCAAGAGCAGCAUGCACCUGCAGCUCACCUGUUUCCAAGCUGCGUCUUCAACCAUCAUGAAAACAUGAACACCUGCUGGGGAAGGGCAGCCCAGGGAGAUGGCAGAUGUGAGACUGUCCACUUCCCCAGUCUGGACAGGUACCUGUGACAUCACAUGCUGAGCUUGCAACUUCUCUCUCUUCCCCCAGCUUGGUAGUGAAGAAAGAUGUUGGUGGUUAUUUAAUUGCAACGUAUUAAGCAGCCCUAUUUUAAAAGCCCUAUUUAAAAGAAGCUGAAUUUUUGUCGUUGUGCACUUUGAUCCUGUAAGGCUAUUUAGCAUACUUUUUUAAUUUUUUUUUUUUUCUGAGCUGGAUGUUGCAUGGUGUGAGCUUCAGGGGGCUUCUCCAGAAUGUUCUGAAGUAGCCCAUGAUCCAUGUGAAAGUGCUUCUUGGUGUCUAUUUAGAGGCUUUGGUGUUGGCGAUUUCUAGCACACAGGAGGCAUUUGAGGAGCGAUCUGAGAAGUCACAGCUGUGGACCCUCAUCCUAAACUUCAGAAACUUCAUUUCAUACAAAUGGGCCUAACGCUCUUAAGUGGGUAGUUGGGUUUUUUGUUUUUUUUUUAAGAAAAAUCUUCAUUUAAAAAUGUUAAAAUUUGUAUAAUUCCUGGCCCAGAUGUCCGUAAAUGAACUCUGCAUUUUACUGAUUUUAAUUUCCUCAGUACUAAACAUUGAGCACUUUUCCAAGAAGUUUCUAGCUCUCAUUCAUGCUUAACUGGAUAGACUACUGCAUUGUAUUUGAGGACUCCCAGGGACCUGUAUGUGGAGUGUGGUGCCCAACGCCUUAUCACACCCACAGGCCCUACGGAAGCCGUGUGCUCUUCAGUGUGGCCUGAAGAUCAAGCCAGGCUCCUGGGACAGGCAGCACUCCUCCCCACUCAGACCACUUUCCCCUCUAGCAGUCUACUCUCCUCUGCCACCUUCACCCUUUGAAGAAUCUUGCUUCUUAGCUGGAAAAACACAGCUCUGGCACAGGCUGUGUUUUGUAAAGAUCUGAGGUGCCCCAGGUCACUGGGCAGUGACUCACUCAUGAGUGGCCUAAGCAGUAGAUUCAGGUCAUCAUGACCUCAGCAUCUCCUCACCUCGCUCGAUCUACCCUGGGCUGCAGUCAGAGUUUACUUUCCGGGCCCUUCCAGAGUGUGUAUGGACAAAGUAGAAUCCUCUUUUCAGUUGAUGAAAUUAGUGUCACUCUUAGUUCGAGUAACUUCAGAGCACAGCAUGUACAUGUACAAUGUCGAUUAUUUGAAGUUAGUAAAUAUUGUGUUCAUUAUUUGACAUCUAGGAGGAAAUCACAGUAACUGGAAGUAAAAGCCUAAUCUUUUACAAAUGUACUUGAUGAGUCUGUUAAGUGUGUAUAACAUUGUCUCCCCACAGUGUGUGUUAACCAUUACUAAAUUAGUCUAACCAUAAACUAAAUUAGCGAACAACCACUGAAAGUCUUGUUAUUUUAAAUACACAGCACAGUGCAUAAAGCCAACAAUCUGUCUUCGCCAUAAGAUGUAAUUGAGUUGACAUUUUAUUUGAAAAUUUUAUUAGCGCUAUAAUUGUUUAUAUGUCUAAUGUUGACACUCAGAAUAAAUAGUUGAAUUCUGAUUUA